GAUGUGCUCCUUAUAAUAUACGGUUUUAUUAUAGUAUAGAAACACAACAAGAGUUGUCUUUCAAGAACUUCCUUGUUACGAAUAAGGAUUUAUUUACUACUUAUUUAAAGUGCAAAAAUAACAAGCAAACUUGAGUAUGGUACCAUUCCUAAGCCAACUUGAAAAGAAGUUGAAACAGAAAUACUCUUUAUUGGAAUCCAUAAAAGAACGCGUAUGUAAACAAAAAGAACAUAUUUCUAGAAAAAACCAGGAGGACCGCGUAGAAGACAUAGCAGAGAACUAUCAGAAAGAAACUAUUAAAAAAGUUUUGGAAGAGGAGAGAUUAAAAGAGGAAGUUAAACUCGAACAAGAACACUUACUCUUAGGAGCCCCGAAAAGGAAACAACAGAGCCUAAUUAUUCGGAAUCAACGCUUAUUAUUGUCUAAUACGAUACAGGAAGAUGACGAGACACCAUCCAAACUCUCACGCCUAAAAAAUAUUACGCUUAGCAAUUGCCCGGCAUUGGAGCGCAAGACUACUCAUGGUGCAACUAGUAACCUAAAGGAGGAGCCGCGCUGGCAGCAUCCAACUAGCAACAUAAGAUCUCACUGCACUCCGCGGGCUCAUUGUUUUCUCCCACGACAACCUAAAACGCGUACUCUGGAGCAUUAUUAUCAUACCUGCUUUCUCAGCGAUCUUAACGAAAAUGUUUCUGAGAACGAUCUCACGUCUGCGUUUGUAAAGUUUGGAAAAAUAAGGGAAUUGAGAGUUAUCCGCGCAAAACGCAUCGGCUUUGUCACUUUUGAAAAUGCAGAAUGCGUGCGGCUUGCAUGUGACGAACUGAACGGCUCCCUAAUUGCCAACGUGAGAAUACACGUAACUCCUUCGAAGCCGCCGUCCUCUCUUUUGAGGGCAUACAAUUUAAAGAGUGGAGAGACCACUUUGAACCAGCCGCCACGCUUUGCGUCCUCGGAACAUACAUCGGACGAAGUGAGCAGAGUAGUUACUAACGGAAACAACUGCUCAGCGCUCACCUUCAGCAGCGGUAGGUAUUGCGGCGAACCGAAAAUUGUUAAUUCUCAGGACAGACGUUUUUUAAAAGUCUACUCUGAUUUGUGAACAUUUUGCUUGUUUUUAUUGCAAGUUGUUAA